UCCCUAAGCUGGCGUUCCCUUUACUAUAGAUAUGAGCUGAGAGCUCCAGAGAGCACCCGCCCAAUCGGUCGUUCCCCCCCUCAACUUUCUGUUACGCUCUUGGCACAAGAGUCGCUCGUUAUAGACGGACGGACGCUCGCUACGAAGACGCAUAUUAAAACUAGGGAGUCGCUUAACAUUGCGAAGAGCGAACGCCCAUUUUUGAACUCUUAUACGUGCUGUGAUGGUUUCCAUCCGCCGCUUCGGGGCCUUGUCGGCUGUCGCCCUAGCUUGGCUCACAAGAGUGCAAGCUUCUCUCUCCGAGGCACAUUGGUCCAUCUGUAAAACAGUUACGGAAACUUGUUACGAAACGACCACUGAAACGACUACAGAGACCUGCUACGAAACGGAAACUACUACAGUAUACAACGUUACUACUGUAUUCGAUACCGUCAGUUAUAGUUAUACGGUCACGGAUACAGUGACAGAUACGGACACAGAGACAGAGACAGAAACAGAGACGGAGACAGAAACGAAGACCAAGACCAAGACUAUCAGCGACGUCAAGACUGUCACCGCCUUUAUUACGUAUACUAAUAACCGGACUAUUACUCUUAUCGACGAAAAGACAACGACUACAACCGAUAUAGAGACUACAACCGAUAUAGAAACUACAACUGAUGUAGAAACUACAACUGAUCUGAAGACUACGACUGAUAUAAAGACCACGACUGCGACUUAUACAUCUUUUGUCCCUACUGUCACCACGGCUACUCUAACCUUCACAACUGAGAUCCCUAUCACAGUUAUCUCCGACCGUACAUUGACCACGACCGUAUACAGCACAUCAACCUACACAACUAUCUCGACAUACACAACAAGCAUCCUGACUACAUUUACAGACACCCUAACGACAGUUUCUGUGUCGGUUUCAGCUUCGCCAACUACAGACACCGCGACAGUUACUGCAACCGAAGAGGUGACCGCAACUGAAGAAACUACAGCGUUUGUUACUGUCAUAUCUACUACUACAUUCCUCACCGUCUCGGAAAUUUCAGUUACCGAUUCGGUGGUAAGUACUACAACCUUUCUUACGACGCAGUCUAUCACCAUUACCGAACCAAUAUAUAUAAUCACUACAGCAACUAGCACGGUUUCGUCUGUAUGCCCCACGCCGACCAACUCCCCAAACUUCAAUGUACCAGCGUACAACGCCUCAUCCGACUUGACUUGGGGAUGCCCGCCUGGGACUAUUUGUUCUCCACCAAAGCCGGAUGGAUGUAGUAUCUGGCCUACUCUUCCGGAUAAAGAAUACGUCUGUGAGAGCCAGGUUAACUGUAUACCGGCCCCGGAUUAUGAACCAGUGGAAUGGUGUGAUGACGAAACAGGAUACUACCCUCCUACGGAAGGAUAUUUUAACCUUGCACCGCCUGCUUUCGGUUUGAGUUAUGAUAUAUUCAAUCCCCCUGCCGUACCUAAGAAUAUCACGAUUACCGCAUCGGGAGCGACCAUCACCACCUUGGUCUCAGGUAAUUACGGAUCGCAGACAAGUAUCACCGCGUACCCUCCUUCUAGUACACCAGAAUCAGGUUAUCCGACAGCGGUAGUGAGGAAGUACCUUCCCUUUAACAAGCGUGAUGCGACACUGCCAGCAACAUGCUACGCCCUCUGUAAUAACGCUGUCGUGGAGGCGCAGAAAGUCGGAAAGAUACCUCAACUGUGUGAACCAGAUUCCGUAUUCUCGCAGGACCGCCAACUCUGCCAGGAGUGCGCCGUGGCGCACGGGGCGGAAUGGAAACCGAGCACCAAGAACUACGCAAAAGACCAAUGGGCGCAAUGGCUCACAUACUGCGACUCACAAGACCCUACUCGAGUCACUUCGAGCACUAGUGCUCCAGAGGGAGAGGUUACAAGCACCCCUGGAGGAUCUACCGGUACUGGAAGGCCGCCAAAUACCGAGACAGGUGUGGUUUCAAGCCCGCCAACCUUCUCAGCUACGCCGUCUUCUACAUCUGAAAGCUCGUCUUAUACUUCCGAGAGUACGUCUACUUCUAGCUCUUCAGAAAACAUCUCGUCGUUUUCGUCUACCUCUAGCUCCUCUCGGAGCGUGUCUUCUAGUUUAGGCUCGUCAUCGAGAAGCAUAUCUUCUAGCUCCCUAGAAACAAUUUCCGCUACUGGCUCUUCUGGUAGCUCGAUUUCUUCUACUUCUAGCAUUUCGGAAAGCAUCUCUUCCCGAUUUUCGGGAAGCAGUUCUUCUCUGACUUCUUCAGAAACAGCCAUUUCAUCGUCUUCAGAGGCUAGCACUUCUACGGAGACGUCGGCUAGAACGACCGUCACCAGCAGCAGUGAAGAAUCUAACUCAACACCAGUACCUGCCUCUACUUCUUCAGCGAGCAUUAGCGCCACGUCUACAGAAACUUCUACUGUAACAUCGCCUGCUACAGUACCAGGUAGUACGACGACGCCGACUCCAGUCUCCACUGCUGGAGCACCGGGGGCCUUAAACGGAGCGACGCCCGGCUCCAUCCUCGCCCUCAUACUCCUAUUGUUCUUUUAAUAUUCUCAGGGGCGUAAUUACUAUUUAAUUCUAGUAUGAAAACAAAAAAAAAAAAACAAAAAAAAAAAAAAAACGCUUAUAAAUAUUCGAUUCACAUCCAUCCUUAAGGCCGUUAUAUAUUUCUCAGCCGUAUUGUUGUACUGUUUUA